UCUACAACAGGCACGACUAUGUGUGACAUGAUCCGAGUCUUGUUACUGUCUCUUACGUGCAUCAGUUUUGCGUCCGCAGACGUGGACCGUCUGAUGAGCACGUUGAAGACCAUCGUGCACCACCAUGUGCAAAACGAGGAGCUCACGGAGAAAAUCAUGGCCAAGCUUGAAGAUUCUCGCGAGUGCUUUGACAUCGCCAAAGACAUAAACCAAGACAUUAUGGCGAAGUUCAUCGACAGUCUUGUUCCAACCAGCACCAUGUGCGCGGCUAGAGCUGUCGACGCAAAAGACGAGGCCGAGAGGAAAACGAUGUUGGAGAAGUGCUUCAAAGAAAACGUGGACUCGUUUAAGAAAACAAGUGGCAUGACGAAGGACGAGAUGGCCAAGUUCGACAAGUCAGGGGACUGCAUCGAAGCCAAGUUUGCAAACUUCAGCAUGUGA